AUGGCUUCUGCCGGGAGGAACGUCGAGGUUCCCCCAGUUCCCGCAGGACGGGCUCCUCCUCGCACCAAGCAACGUCCCCCUCCAUCACCGUUCUACAUUCCCUUAAACAUCACUCUCUACGCGUGCCUCAUCUCGAAUGGAAUCGCGGCUUUCCUUGCACCGAUUCAGGAUUGCGACGAAGUGUUCAAUUUCUGGGAACCCACACAUUACAUCGAUCAUGGAUACGGGUUGCAGACGUGGGAGUACUCGCCUGUCUACUCCAUCCGCAGCUGGCUCUACAUCACCAUCCAUGCCUUUGUCGGCAAGCUCGGCUCUUUCGUUGUCGGCUCUAAGAGGGCCGAAUUCUACGCCAUCCGAGUCUUCCUGGCCCUCUUCUGCGCCGCUUGUCAGACGAGGUUAUACUCGGCCAUUUGUCGGACGUUGAGCCCCCGGAUCGGCCUACUCUUUCUCAUGGUGAUCGCAUUCAGCCCGGGCAUGUUCCACGCAUCGGCCUCGUUUCUUCCGUCCAGCUUUACCAUGUACAUGUCCAUGCUCGGUCUGACGGCGUUCUUGGAUUGGAGAUCCGGUCAGAAAACAGCCCAGGGUAUCAUGUGGUUUGGACUGGGGGCGAUCGUGGGUUGGCCGUUUGCCGGAGCAUUGAUCGUACCUCUUCUGCUAGAGGAAGUCGUCAUUGGUUUUAUUUCUGGGUCUUUGCGCACGGUUUUUGCCAAUAUUCUCAACGGGGCCUUGAGAUGUCUGGCAAUUUUGGCUGUGGAAAUCGGCGUCGACUUCGCUUUCCUCCGAAAGUUUGCCAUCGUGCCCUGGAACAUCGUCGCAUACAAUGUCUUCGGGGGCGAGGGUCGGGGCCCAGAAAUCUUUGGGACUGAGCCGUGGACGUUCUAUUUCCGGAACUUGUUGCUCAACUUCAACAUCUGGUUUGUCUUUGCCAUUUCUGCGGCGCCUCUUCUCUUUUUCCAGGCCACCUUCCGACAGCAGACGACCAGCAAGGAGACUCUCUGGCGCACUGUCACCCUCAUCACGCCGUUCUACAUGUGGUUUGCGAUCUUCACUCUGCAGCCGCACAAGGAAGAGCGAUUCAUGUAUCCCGUGUACCCUUUCCUCGCGCUCAAUGCAUCCAUCUCCUUCCACAUGAUUCUCUCCUACGUCGGGUCCGGCAAUCCUCGAGAGCUCAUGGGACGGAUUCCGGCCAAGCUGAAGCUGGCAGCCGUCAUGGCCGUGGUUCUGGCCGCUGUCAACGCCGGCCUGUUGCGAACCGUUGGUAUGAUCACCGCCUACAACGCGCCUUUGAAGGUGUUCGCCCCGUUGGAGCAGCCCGGCGUUGCUCAGGCGGGCGAUUCGGUGUGUUUUGGCAAGGAGUGGUAUCGGUUCCCAUCGUCCUUUUUCUUGCCCGAGGGGAUGCGCGCCAAAUUCAUCCGCAGCGAGUUCCGCGGGUUGCUUCCGGGCGAGUUCCCUGACGCAGCGAGUGUGUCUUCGCUACUAGAGGGAACUUCGCGGAUUCCCGAGGGUAUGAACGACCUUAACGAGGAGGAUCUUAACAAAUAUGUGGACAUCUCGCAAUGCUCGUUCCUUGUCGACUCGUCCUUCCCCGGACAGUCAACCACGGAGCGCGAGCCUGACUACGUGCACGACGAAUCGCGGUGGGAGCGACUUUCCUGCAAGGAUUUCCUGGAUACGUCACAGACCGGACUGCUGGGGCGACUGGUAUGGAUCCCGGAUUUCCCUCUCAUCCCGGAUCAAUUCCGCCGCCACUGGGGUCAAUACUGUCUGCUCCGACGCAGAAGUCAGGAUACCGCCGCCUGA